CCCCACAUCUUCAACAUUGGACAGGUGGCCGCCAAUUUCACCGAAUACACAGAAGGUGGUCGUGCUUCGCAAGUGAAAAUGCCCAAAAUGAUCGCACAUAAAUCGUUGGCCGAAUCGCUUAAAGAUCCGGAAAUCUUGAUUUGGGACUUUGCAAAAAUGGAAUAUCCAACGCAGCUGCAUGCACUCUGGCAGGCGCUAUACAAAUUCGAAGAAAAGCACGGUCGUCAUCCGAAGCCACGUUGUGAUACAGAUGCUGAACUGCUCAAGAAAGAGUUACCGAGUGGAAGUGAAGUCGAUGAAAAACUACUGAAAAUGUUCAGUUAUCAGGCGUCGGGUAAUUUGGUAUCAAUCGCAUCAGUGGUUGGAGGUAUUGCGGCGCAGGAAGCGAUGAAAGCUGUCACACAUCAUAUGAACCCGUUGAAGCAGUAUCUUUACAUCGAUUGUAUCGAGGCGCUUCACGGAGAAUGGUCACCGUACGAUUGUUCCAAAUUGACUGUCGACGAUUGCAAAGCGCGGAAUUGCCGCUAUGACGGGCAGAUUGCUGUAUUUGGUGAGGCAUACCAGAAAGCGUUGAUGAAACAAAAGUACUUCAUUGUGGGUGCUGGUGCGAUCGGAUGUGAACUGUUGAAGAAUCUGGCGAUGAUGGGUGUCGGGUGCGAUGCGGCUGGCGAAGGCAAGGUGAAGAUCACCGAUAUGGAUCAAAUUGAGAUCAGCAAUUUGAAUCGACAGUUUCUGUUUCGACGAAACGACGUCGGUUGCAAAAAGUCCGAAGUGGCCGCGCGUGCCGUGAUGGCGUUCAAUCCGAAUCUUAACAUUGAAGCGCUCUCCGAACGCGUUGGAGCCGAUACGGAGGGUAUUUUCACCGAUGAUUUCUUCGCCGAUUUGCACGGCGUAUUGAACGCGCUGGACAAUUUGGACGCUCGACGCUAUAUGGAUCGUCGGUGUAUUUACUAUCGUUUACCACUGCUCGAAUCCGGUACUAUGGGUACAAAAGGCAACAUCCAAGUGAUCUAUCCACAUCUCACCGAAUCCUACGGUUCGUCGGCGGAUCCACCCGAAAAGGACAUCCCGAUUUGUACGUUGAAGAAUUUCCCGAAUGAAAUCCAACACACAAUUCAGUGGGCACGUGAACUGUUCGAAGGGUUGUUCUCGAAUCCGGCUGAACGAGUGAAUCAGUUUCUGUCCGAUGAGCGCGCCUUCUUGGAGCGAGUCGAGCAGAUGAGCGCCCAUCAACGAAUCCAAGUGUUGGAUCAAGUGAAACGUGCCCUCAUUGACGAUAAACCGGCGGAUGCUGAAGACUGUGUGAAAUGGGCACGUUUACUGUUCCAAGAGAACUACCACAACGCUAUCGCCCAGCUGCUGCACACGUUCCCACCCGAUCAAAUGACUAGUCAAGGAGUGAAAUUUUGGUCAGGCUCAAAGCGUUGCCCACAUGUGCUCGACUUUGACAUCAACAAAGAGGAGCAUUUCAAUUUCGUCUAUGCCGCAUCGAUACUUCGCGCCGAACAGUACAAUUUGGAGCCAAUCCUCGAUCAGAAACGUAUCAUGAAAGUGCUGUCAACCAUCAAACCAGAGCCAUUCAAACCGAAAAGUGGUGUGAAGGUGGCGUUGACAGAGGCUGAGGCCAAAGAACAGUCGGAAAUGAUCAACGAAAAUGAUGCCGAUGCUCAAAUCUCAGCGCUCAAAAUCAAACUAGCCAAAUUGAACACGAAGACGUUGCAGAGGCUGACACCAAUAGAUUUCGAGAAAGACGAUGACACAAAUCAUCAUAUGGAGUUCAUCACGGCCGCGUCGAAUCUUCGUGCUGAAAAUUACGAUAUUCAACGUGCCGAUCGUAUGAAGACGAAGCAAAUCGCUGGCCGUAUCAUACCGGCAAUAGCCACAACCACAGCGACAGUGGCUGGUUUGGUGUGUGUUGAACUGUAUAAACUGAUCAAUGAUCCUGAACAGCAUCCAAAACAGUUAUUAGUGCCUAUCGACCAGUUCAGAAAUGGCUUCUUGAAUAUGGCACUUCCAUUCUUUGCAUUCUCCGACCCGAUUGCUGCACCGAAGAAGAAGUACAACGGUCAAACAUUUACGUUAUGGGAUCGUCUGGAGAUCCAAGGACCAAAAUCGCUCAAAGAACUUAUCGAUUGGAUUCAAGAGCAAUCGAAGUUGGAAGUUUCAAUGCUGUCAUCCGGUGUCUCGCUCAUAUAUAGCUUCUUCAUGAGUGGUGCGAAACGAGCUGAACGUAUGAACCAAGAGUAA